GAUGCUGCAAGCAGAUCCACUCGACCCGGAGUCAGUCGCCGGUCCCGAGGACGAUGCUACGUGCAAGUAUCUCGUUUAACACUUCCCGACAUUUACCUGGAGGCGCUACAAGACUGUUAUCCGUGGGAAAUAAUCCCUCAUAUUGACGCCGUGAAUCUCACUGACCAAAAACGACGCACGCCUAACCGCCAAUACAGCAGAAUUUAGCCAAAAUAUUUUCCUUAGCAAUGCACACCCUUGGAGUUAAUGUUACAUAACGCCGCUUUUGUAGCAAGCAGUGUAAAAAUGAUAAAUACGUUCGGUCGUCAUGUCCGCCGGUUCCCCUGGGUCACCAACGUCACGUUGUACGGCUGCCUGUUCGCGGGAGGGGACUUCGUCCACCAGUGUUUUGCCCACAGGGACAAAGUGGACUGGAGCCACACGCGGAAUGUCGCCGUGGUCGCGUUCAGUUUCCAUGGCAACUUCAAUUUCUUCUGGAUGCGCUUUCUGGAGCGCCGGUUCCCCAGUAAUUCCGCCGGGAUGGUGAUGAGGAAGCUGUUGGUGGACCAGACCACGGCGGCGCCCUUGGCCACGGGCGUUUUCUACACAGGCCAUUGUGACGUGUCCAUGGCGGAGAGCACCAUCUCUCCAGAGGAAAUUGAGAUGGAGAUGACUCGUAUCCAACGUUUGAGGGAGGUCUUAGUGCGCCGGGAGUCUGAGCUGCGCUUCAUGAUGGAUGACAUCCAGCUGUGCAAAGACAUCAUGAGUUUGAAGCAGGAGCUGAGGCAGAUUGUUGCAGUGGCAGAGAAAGACAAGAGCAAGAAAGACAAGCAGCAGGAAGAAGAAAUGAUCCUGAAAAUCCAUAAACUGGUGCAAAAGAGGGAUUUCUUGGUGGAUGAUGCAGAGGUGGAAAGAUUAAGGGAGCAAGAGGAGGACAAGGAGAUGGCCGAGUUCCUCAGGCUAAAACUGAUGCCACUGGAGAAGACGCUCAAGGUCAAACAAAAUCCUCCGAAGCCCAGAAGACAAAUCCCGGAGCCUCCACCUAACAAACCCUUCAUCACUAAAUCAGGCGUGGCCAUCUUAAAGGAUUGCUGCGGCGCCACCCAGUGUGCCAUCAUGUAACUGACGGACACCCUUUCAAGGCCACGCCCACAUCCCCUCGUCAUCACUUCCUGUGAAUCAGAGAACCUGUCAUGCUCUGUGUUCCACUGUGAAGUGUCCAUGUUUGCAAUGCAACUCUGUCCAGGUUCCCGCUUCAAAGCCUUUUCAAUAUUUGAAUUUGACAUGAAAAGGAUUUGUCAAUUCAAUAAUCCCAUGUCUCAUUUGGCUUCCGAAGAUCUAGAAUCACAAAUUGGAACUACAAGCACUAUUUUAUUCCAUGUUGGGUGUUCUCUGAUGCACAGGGAUCGGAAAUGAUUGUCAUUAUGGAUGAACGUGUGGGCCAAUAAUUAAAUAUUGCUACUUUUUACUAGCAUUUGGGCUAACAUGCCCCUGAAAAACACAAACACUGCUUUAAAACGGGGCCACAAACUAGUUGGAUGCGAAUGAUGAUUCCUGAGCAUAUUAAUGGGUGAGGGUGGGUUCUAUUUCUCAGGUGAUGAACAGACACUAAAGCUCAGAAAUACGAUCAUUUAUGAUUAUGUGUAUUUGUCCCCAACAACACAUACACCUACUUGUGGCAAACUACUGCCAGCCAUGUCAGAAGUGUGUGUCAACUGUUUUUAUUGGGGCAGUAUAGCUCGGUUAGAGUGGCCGUGCCAGCAACUUGAGGGUCCCAGGUUUGAUCCCCACUUCCGCCAUCCUAGUCACUGCUGUGUGUCCCUGGAAAAUACACUUUACCCACCUGCUCCCAGUGCCACACACACUGGUUUAAAUGUAACUUAGAUAUUGGGUUUCACUAUGUAAAAGCGCUUUGAGUCACCAGAGAAAAGCGCUAUAUAAAUAUAAUUCACUUCACUUAUUAGCAUAGCCCUUACUAACUGUGUUGUGGAUGAUUUUGUCUUAUUUAUUCUAUGAUAUAAACCUUGCACUACAGUCAAGUACUGUAAGGCUGUAGCAGUAUUUCCAUUUGUGAUCUAGUAACCUAAAAAGGUUUUAUUCGUGCUUGUUGGUGCAAACAAAGCUAAGUAAUUAUUUUGUGUUUAAUUGCAUUAAAAUACAUUUUUCUAUACAAAAUACGAACAUGAUGUAGUACCACGACAUCUUGAUACUGGGUUGCAAUCACGUGACAUUCUGGAGCCCGAGACAAGUUUAGAAAAAGAGCAGGGAUGACCACGCCCCCCGCAGCUCAUUUGAUUGGUCGCUGCAAAGUAUCUCUACACAUAUGGUUUUCUACACCAGAAUUCCUUUACUUAUUCCUCUACUACUUCUUCUCCAGAUUUUGGCGCGCUCUACCUUCCAAUUUUUACACCUGAAUCAAACCGUUCCAACUUCUAACUGUUCAGCCUAUUCGGGAAUCACAGGCUUUCCUUCGACAAAUUCCAAAAAUUCUCAGAAUUUUUCCCCAUUUAAAAUGAUUUGGCCAUUUUUUAAACUUUUACUAUUUCCACAUUUUUCAACUCAUUCAACACAUUCCACCAUUGUGGAAAUUCAAACUACCCAUUUUCCAAGUUCAAACAAAUCCCAGGGUUUUCCAGAAUUCCUUGUUUUUCUAAGCCCUAUUUCCACCCUUUUUUCUGGCGACUACUCCUCCCACAUUUUCAACCGCUCCACCGUCAAAACAUUCUUCUUAAUUAGGACAAAAAACAAAAGUUAUUUUUGAAAUGGAAAAAUUCCCAGUUUUUCAGGAAUUCCGUAAUAUCAUUUCUCAAUUCAACAUGUCACUACUUCAACAUUUCUCGACCGAUUUGAAAAAUUUCAACACCAACCAUUUCAACUCAUUCAGAACAUUGGAGUUUAACAUCACAAAUGGAUAUAUUCAGAAUUGCUUGUAUUAAGAAUAUAUUUGCAGUGACGCUCUAAUUGCUUGUUUCAUUUGUUUUGGUAGGUUUAUAAAUAACGCUUAUUCAGGAGCAGGAAAACAAUUCAACAUGGUACUACAACCUUUUUUGACCAAUUUAAAAGAAAUCAACACCAACCAUUUCAUCUCAUUCAGAACUUUCAAGUUUUUACUAUUUUCAAAAAAAUUCCCAAAUAUCCCAUUUGAAAUCAUUGAGACAUUUUUUUAAGCUUUGACGGAUUUAAACAAUUCCAACACCAACCAGAUCAGCUCAUUCAUGCUCAUAAUCUUUUUUUUUUUUUUUUUUAAAUCCCGCUUUUCCCAAAAUUUCCAUGAAGUUCCAAUUGAAAUGAAUGGGUCAUUUUCCAAAGAUGCACAAUUCCAACAAGUUUCAACCAAUUAAAACCAUUCCAACAUUUACACAUUCCACUCAUCCUGGACAUUCAAACUAACACUUUCCCAAGUUCCAUACACAAUUUCCGGUUUUCCUUGAAAUUCAAACUCUUCAACGUUCAAACCAUUCCAACAUUCAAACUAGUCUUACAUUCAUAUUACAUUCUGUCAGCAUUUCAGUUCAACUUCAGCAUUGGAGCAUUCACACACCUAAUCUAGUUAACAGACCCCGAGAUCGGUAGUUCGUGAAUUCAAACCCCGGCCGAGUCAUACUGAAGACUAUAAAAAUGUGACUCAUUACCUCCCUGCUUGGCACUCAGCAUCAAGGGUUGAAAUUGGGCGUUAAAUCACCAAAAAUGAUUACUGAACGUGGCCACCGCUGCUGCUCACUGCUCCCCUCACCUCCCAGGGGGUGGAAGAAGGGGAUGGGUCAAAUACAGAGGGUAAUUUCACCACACCUAGUGUGUGUGUGACUACCUUAACUAACUUAAUAAGUUUUAAGCUUACUCGAAGUUAGCUGGGAGGAUGUUUCAAACUAUUUCAACCAUUUGUGUACCUCAUCUUCAGAGAUAAUUCUUAAUUUAAUUUGGGCCCUAAAUUUACCCUCUCCACUCUCCUCAUUAGGUGUAUACCAAGUGUUCGUAGCCCUCGGGUAGCAGUUUCUGAAUGAAUGAAAUUCUAGUGAAUGUCUUACGUUAGAUGACCUAUAUUGUUGAAGCACCGUCUAGCAACACAUAUCAACUCCCUGUCGAACAAACUUAAAUCACCGCGGUUCCUAAUAGUUUCUGGAGGACAACAGCAUUACAGCUUAUGAAGAAGAACCCGCGAUUUCACAACAAAAAAGGGCCACACAGCGAUAGCACAGACUAGAACAUGGGUGUCAAACUAAUUUUAGAUCGGGGGCCACAUGCAGAAAAAUCUACUCCCAAAUGGGCCGCACUGGUAAAAUCACGGCACGAUAAGUUAAAAAUAAAGACAAAUUUAAAUUGUUUUCUUUGUUUGAAAAUAGUACAAGCACAUUCUGAAAAUGUACAAAACAAUGUUUUUUUUUGUUUUUUUUACACUUAUGUUGCGGUUAAUAGUAUUUCAUCUUUAUUUGUCGUUAUUUAUAUUUUCUGAAUAAAUUAUCUGAUAAUGUUCAUCAGUCAACUCCAUCCAUUUCCUACCGCCUAUUCCCUUCGGCGUCGCUGGAGCCUCUCUCAGCUACAUCUACUCCCAAGUGUGCCGCACUGGUAAACUCACGGCACGAUAACUUCAAAAUAAAGACAACUUUAGAUUGUUGUCUUUGUUUGAAAAUAGGACAAGCACAUUCUGAAAAUGUACAAAACAUAAUGUUGAAUUUUUUUGUUUUUUUACACUUAUGUUGCGGUUAAUAGUAUUUAAUCUUUAUUUGUUAUUUAUAUUUUCUGAAUAAAUUAUGUGAUAAUGUUCAUCAGUCAACUCCAUCCAUCCAUUUUCCACCGGUUAUUCCCUUUGGCGUCGCUGGAGCCUCUCAGCUACAAUUGGGCGGAAGGCGGCGUACACCCGGGACAAGUCGCCACCUCAUCACAGGGCCAACACAGAUAGACAACAUUCACACUCACAUUCACACACUAGGGCCAAUUUAGUGUUGCCAAUCAACCUAUCCCCAGGUGCAUGUCUUUGGAAGUGGGAGGAAGCCGGAGUACCCGGAGGGAACCCACGCAGUCACGGGGAGAACAUGCAAACUCCACACAGAAAGAUCCCGAGCCCGGGAUUGAACCCAGGACUACUCAGGACCUUCGUAUCGUGAGGCAGACGCACUAACCCCUAUUGGUGUUAAUUUUCAAUCUAUCAAGAUAAAAAAAACUACAGUGUGUUAUUUGUCGUAGCGCAGUGGUAGAGUGGCCGUGCGCAACCCGAGGGUCCCUGGGUCAAUCCCCACCUAGUACCAACCUCGUCACGUCCGUUGUGUCCUGAGCAAAACACGUCACCCUUGCUCCUGAUGGGUGCUGGUUAGCGCCUUGCAUGGCAGCUCCCUCCAUCAGUGUCCAUCCAUCCAUCCAUUUUCUACCGCUUAUUCCCUUUCGGGGUCGCGGGGGGCGUUUGCGCCUAUCUCAGCUCCAUCAGUGUGUGAAUGGGUAAAUGUGGAAGUAGUGUCAGAGUGCUUUGAGUACCUUGAAGGUAGAAAAGUGCUAUACAAGUAUAACAAGUAUAGUAGUUUGAUCAUUACCCUCGACUGAUAGUAUUAAGAUCAUGAGACAAUGAAUACAUAGAUGCAAAUAAUUGCUAUUGCGACACCCAGUGGACACCUUUUGAACAGAAGUUUCAUGAAAAAAAUUUCAGGUUAAUUUUUAUACUUAGCAAACUUAUCCUGCAGGCCGGAUAAAACCUGUUUGCGGGCCUGAUUCGGGCCCUCGGGCCGUAUGUUUGAUACCCCUGGUCUAGCGUACGCAGUUGGCAAUCACCAUUAAACAUUAUUAACAUAAUGGAAAACAAUUCUAACUUACCCCUAAUAGUGGAUGUUCAGCGUCGCUGUUCCUGGCUGCCGUCAGUGUGUACAAUUCGUAUUCGGCAUGACGACGACUGGCAAGUGCGACGUCGUCAACUUUUAAUCACAUUUUCACUUUAAGAACGCUUCAUCCACUCAUUCAGCAGACAGCAGGUGUCAUAAUUAACAAGACAGCGAUUCAUUUACCCACAGUGACCGAUGGGGUAAAAGUGGCGCACUGCAUGACAAAUCAGCGACAGAAGAAGAAGAAGGAACUUUGCAGCGACCAAUCAAAUGAGCUCCCGGUAACAUGGGGCGUAGUCAUCCCUGCUCUUCCAUUUCAUGCUUUACUUAAUCUUCUUCGCCUAAACGCUAGAGGGCAGUGUUGACUGGCGCCUGAGAACGAGCUGGUAAAAAAUAAAUAAAUCGUCGAGUGUCUCCCAACUUGCCAAACCUCACAUAAAAAUGUCGAUAUAGUAUGAUUGUUUCAACCACAUUAAAUAAAUCCCAUUAUUUAUGAUGAUUUGAGCCCCUCAAUACAUGGCUUUUAGAAAACGGAAACCGUAUAUGAACGUGUGCUUUAGUAUCACGUACCUCUUGACGGCCACACGGGAGCGCAGUUCUAACUUUUUGCUGGCAGUGCUGUUAACUCAGUCUUUUUAACAUUUUUUGAGCCAAGGCAAAUUUUCUGCGUUGGAAAAACCCAGAGGCCCACCACCAGCAGAAAUCACUAAAAAACGAAACUCAGUUGACAGUAAAAUGUUGUUGUCGCAAUUUUUGGAUAUGACUUUAAAGAAUAAGCAAGCAUGUAUCACUAUAGCUCUUGUCUCAAAGUAGGUGUACUGUCACCACCUGUCACAUCACACCCUGACUUAUUUGGACUUUUUUACUGUUUUCCUUUGUGUAGUGUUUGUUCUUGUCUUGCGCUCUUAUUUUUUGGGGGCAUUUUCCUGUAGCAGUUUCAUGUCUCCCUUUGAGCGAUAUUUCCCGCAUCUACUAUUUUGUUUUAGCAAUCAAGAAUAUUUCAGUUGUUUUUACCCUGUGAUGAGGUAGCGACUUGUCCAGGGUGUACUCCACCUUCCGCCCGAUUGUGGCUGAGAUAGGCUCCAGUUCACCCCGAAACCCCGGUAGAAAAUGGAUGAAUUAUCCUUCUUUGUGGGGACAUUGUUUAUUGUCAUGUACGGAUGUACUUUGUGGACGCCGUCUUUGCUCCGCAGUAAGUCUUUGCUGUCGUCCAGCAUUCUGGUUUUGUUUACUUUGUAGUUCAGUUUUAGUUUUGUUCCGCAUAGCCUUCCCUAAGCUUCAAUGCUCUUUCUUAGGGGCACUAACCUUUUGUUAUUUUUUUUGUUUAAGCAUUAAAUACCUUUUUUACCUGCA